GUUUAUGUCGAUCAACAAUGGUAGCCUUAAAACGACUGUUGUUGAUGUAUUGUACUAAGUGAAUCCAUUUUGGUUACAAUUAGUAUUAACUGAACUACCAGACACCAAUCGUUGUUGAUUGAUACGUAAGUCAUACAUCAGGUUCGCUUCAUUGUGACUACCUGUUUUCAUCUUUUUGGAGCAAAGCCUCUCCCUUUAAACUAUCUUUCUGCCUCAAUUUUGCUAUCGUCUUUCCUUGUCUUCGGCAUCUUUCUUCUUCUCUCUCUAUUUUUCUCUCUUUAUCUCAUGUACCUUGAGGGAGUUACGCUCAAUAAUUAUCCGAAAAGUACGACAUUUUCUCCAAUUAUCCGUUAAAUCAUCUCUUAAUCAAACAUUUUCAAUUUUGUUGACUGUUUAAAAAUGCUGCUCUUUAUUUCUCCAAUAGCUUUUCUUCUCUUUGGCGCCCUUAAUGCUCAAUAUGACGUUCCAUCAGACUCAAUCCAAUGUCCAGGUGAAGGUUUGUACACUGCUGCUCAUCAAACUGACUGUGAUAAAUACUAUCUUUGUCGUAAUGGUACCUUGACCCUUGAAAAUUGUCCAAAUGGAUUACUUUAUGGUGUACAAGGAGCCGUUUAUGAAUUCUGUGUCCACAACUGGAAGAUCGAUUGUCAGGGACGUAAAGCUCCUGGUCCCAUCAGUAGCCCAGGAUGUCCAUGGCAAUGGGGUAUCUUUGAAGAUGAAGGAGCUGGUCAAUGUGCCACAACUUAUUCAGAAUGCUCAUGGGGUAACCCAGAAAGGAAAUAUUGUGAACCAAAAGGAUUAGUCUAUGAUGAAAGGAUUAAAGGCUGUAACUGGCCUGAUCAAGUUGGAUGCAAGGGUGAAGACAUCCUUGGCUUCAAAUGUCCUGAAGCUGAUACUGGAAACCGUUACUGGCCUUACCCAAGAUAUGCUUACUCGCAAGAUGCUUUGAUUACAUGUGUUAAAGGCCAACCUCGUUUAAUUCAUUGUGGUAAAGAUUCUUACGCUGAUCAAAAUUCAAUGACCUGUAUUCCUUAUGAAAAAGAGAAAGCCAAUUAAAGUCGACUUUGAGUCGGUAAAGGAUAACAUACUCACAUAAAUUAAGGCCAACAUCAAGAUUGUAUUACAAUCAAUAUUAUCUCUUUUAAGGCUUCCAAAUCUAUCAACUCUCCUUAUUCCUUGUCUUUUCUCAAUCAGCCUUUUUCAACUCUAAUUUUAUGCCUCAUGAGUAAACUAAAGUAAUUAACUUAGGAAUGGAUUCCAUUUAAUGAUUCAACUCUUUUUUGUAUUUAAGAAAUGAACCAAGGCCAUGAAUCGGUUCGGUAAUUAUGAACCAAAAAAAACUAAAACACCCAUCAUUAAAGGUGUAACAUCUUGCAAUACUUA